AUGGCGAGCCAGCAGGGCAAAUGGCGCGAGGACCAGAUCCUCAUCAUCUGCCCCGGCAGCCAGACCACCAUGGCGCAGCUGGGUUGCGCCGAGCUCACGCCGCCCGCCUUCCGUUUCCCGACGCGCAUGUUCAAGGACGACGAGUCGGACGACUGGCGCCCGUACCACACCUUCAAGCGCAAGAAGGCCAGCGCCCUCGCCGCCGCGCCCGCAAGCAGCGCCGCCCCAGCCGAUGCAGACAAGAAGGCCGAGGACGAGUGGGAGUAUGUGGAGGAUCCUGACUCUACCGAGGGCGCUGUAUAUCCCAUGCAGGCUGGCCGGAUUGUCAACAUGGACGCCUUCCUUGCUUUCCUUGACCACGUGCACAGCAUGCUCACGACAACCUACCACAACACCCCCAUCAUGUUGAUGGCAUCACCGCAGUGGACGCGGCCAGACUGCGAGAUGAUAGCGCGCUACAUCUUUGAGAAGACUAAGACUCCGGCACUCUGCCUCAUCCACAGCGGUAUCGCAACUCAAUACGGCCUUAAGUGGCCGCAUAUGACGGUCGUUGAUAUCGGCUUCGAGAAGGUGGACAUCACGUGUAUCUUUGACAGCCGGGUGGUGAGCCACGAGGACGUGGGCGAUACUACAGAGGGCGAGAACAGGCAGGCGAUCUCUGGCGGUGAGGUAUUCACGCGGAGGUUGAUGAAGCUCUUGCAGGGCAAGGAUUUCAACCACGAAAUGGCGGAGCAGCUGAAAAGGAGCGCCAUCUGCGAAGUGCUUCCCUACGCGGCCGAUAAGAAGGGGCUCAUGGAGCUACCGAGCGAAACUGCUAGCAGCACGGCGGCGCCAGUCCCCGCCCCGUCCGCAGUCUUACAAGCCGCUCAGGAACAGCCAAACAUUGCGGAGCACCAGUUCCAGCCAGCCGUUUCUGGCGAAGGAGAUGACGCCGCUAACGGCGAGGGCAAGGACGGCGCCGAGGACGGCGUGCUCGAUGUCGCUAGCAUCGUUACGAGCGGCCAAACCAAGGAGUUCCUCGCCAAGAAGGAGAAGGAGAAGGCCGAGAAGGUAAAGACGGGGAAGCGGGGCAAGGAUAAAGACGCGGACGCCGCAGCGGCGAAGCCAGCGCGGUUACCAAACGCGAAACGAGUGCGCAACACGUUCCACUUCGAGCAGCUGGUCCAGGAGGACAAGACGCGGCCGAAAGAGGAGGGGCACAAGGAGGCCGGGUCCAAGGAGGGCGAGGCGAAGGGGGCCGAGAGCAAAGAUCAGGAGAUGAAGGACGCCCCGAGCGGAGAGGCCGCACCGGCAGCUGGCCCUGGCCCCGCCACUACGGAGACGUCGGAGGCACCAAAGGCGGAGGGUUCCACCGAGAACGCGCCGGCAACUAAUGGGGAGGCGCCGAAAUCCGAGGCCACCGCGGAAUCAGCACCGGCGAACGGUGCCCCCACAGAGAGUGCGCCGGCACAGGCUGAGCCGCCCAAGGCCGACAAGCCAGAUGAGCCGCUGUCGUUCUUCCCUUCAGGAGAGCCCACAACAUCUGCCCCGGCGCCAGCACCAGAGCCAGAACGCCAAAUCAAGCGGAUCCGGAAAGAUAUAGAGAUCGGCCUAGAGCGCUUCGUGUUCGCCGACCGCGCCGAGAUUGACAGGAUCGUGACGGCCAUCUACCGCGCCGUCCAGGGCAUCGAGGACAUGUACAUGCGGCCGCAGUGCUGGGAGAACAUCGUCUUUGUGGGCAACGGCGGCCGCAUCCGCGGCCUCAAGGACAACAUCAUCCAGACGCUCACGGCGCGGCACCUCAUCUCGCCCUCGACGGCCACCAUGUUCACCUCGGAGCUGCCCAGCAACCUCGGGACGCCCACGGGCACGGGCUCGCAGACGCCCACGGGCAGCUUCACCGGCGCCCCGCACCAGCUGCCCACCUCGUCGUCGGUCAACCCGCUGCUGCAGGCCGCCACCACGGCGAGCCUCCAGGGCGGCGGGCUCGGCACGCCGGGGCCGGCGGGCUCCAACGCCGGCGGCGACGCGGGCCCCGCGGGGGGCUCGCACUCGCACCACUUCCACAGCCAGACCCCGACGGCGAUCAAGCUGGCGCCGCUGCCGACGUACCUGAGCGAGUGGAGCAAGAACGGCUUCGAGGAGGCCAUGUUCCUCGGCGCCCAGGUCGCGGCGCGCCUCGCGUUCUGCGUGCACAACCUCGACGCCCAGGGCCUCGAGGCGCAGCGCAUGAUGAGCUUGGGCAGGGUCGAUUACAAGUGA